UCUGCACGGCCCCAGGAGACAGCACACAGCUCAUUUGCUUACAUUUGCAGCUGACGCCUGCCACUUCGCUAUAGGCACCCCGGGGCAGAGUUUUCUAGCGUGCGUGGUUGAUCAGAUAGUGACCAGUCUGGCAAGUUACAGUCACAGCCAUGAACUAUCCCAUGACCCUGGACGUGGACCUCCUGAACUACAACCUGGAGGAUGUGUACAAGGAAUUCCUCAACUACAAUGACAGCACAGAGCCCACACCCACGGAAAAUCACUUCUGCUCCACCGCCGAGGGACCCCUCCUCGCCUCCUUCAAGGCCGUGUUCAUGCCCGUGGCCUACAGUCUCAUCUUCCUGCUGGGGAUGAUAGGCAACAUCUUGGUGCUGGUGAUCCUGGAGAGGCACCGGCAGACCCGCAGCUCCACCGAGACCUUCCUGUUCCACUUGGCCGUGGCUGACCUCCUGCUGGUCUUCAUCCUGCCCUUCGCAGUAGCCGAGGGAUCCGUGGGCUGGGUCCUGGGCACAUUCCUCUGUAAAACAGUGAUCGCCCUGCAUAAGAUCAACUUCUACUGCAGUAGCCUGCUCCUGGCCUGCAUCGCUGUUGACCGCUACCUGGCCAUCGUCCACGCCGUGCAUGCCUACCGCCACCGCCGUCUCCUCUCCAUCCACAUCACCUGUGCCACCAUCUGGCUGGCAGGCCUCCUCUUUGCCUUGCCGGAAAUUCUUUUUGCCAAGGUCAGCCGGCCCCAUCACAAUGGCUCCCUGCCACGCUGUACCUUCUCCCAGGAGAACCAAGCUGAAACCAAUGCCUGGUUCAUCUCCCGCUUCCUCUACCAUGUUGGGGGCUUCCUGCUGCCCAUGCUGGUAAUGGGCUGGUGCUAUGUGGGCGUGGUGCACCGGUUAUGCCAGGCCCAGCGGCGCCCCCAGCGGCAGAAGGCAGUCAGGGUGGCCAUCCUGGUGACCAGCAUUUUCUUCCUCUGUUGGCUGCCCUACCAUGUCGUCAUCUUCCUGGACACCCUGGCCAGGCUGAAGGCUGUGAGCAACAGCUGCGAGCUCAAUGGCGCCCUCCCAAUGGCCAUUGCCAUGUGUGAGUUCCUGGGCCUGGCUCACUGCUGCCUCAACCCCAUGCUAUACACGUUUGCCGGCGUCAAGUUCCGCAAUGACCUGUCACGACUGCUCACCAAACUGGGCUGUGCUGGCCCCGCCUCCCUGUGCCAGCUCUUCCCCAGCUGGCGCAAGAGUAGCCUCUCAGAGUCAGAGAAUGCCACCUCGCUUACCACCUUCUAGGCCCUGGCAUGCAACCCUCCCUUUGUUUCUGCUUUCCCUGGGAAUUAUUUUGGGGUAGCAGGAAUCCCUUCCACCAGGAGCCCAGGGCUCACCUUUCUGGUUGAACAAAUCCUUCUUUCUAGAACAUUUCCCAGAGCUCUUCUUGCAGCCCUGGCAUGAGGCUGGUGCCCUGGGAGGUGGAGGGCAGGAAGCAAAGACUGUCUGCACCCCCUCCUACCUGAGCUGGAGGACUUUGCCCAUUUUUUUCCACACCACCUCCCCUGUCCCCAGCCAUCCCUAGCUCCAGGAACAACUGAUCAAUCCCCAGUCCCACAAGGAGCCACCUGUCAUCUUCGGGACUACAAAUCUGCACAGCUACUCACCUGUCCUACCCCACCUGGUCCAAUGAAGUCAGCAGAAGCCAAGCAUCAGAGGCUGGGCAGAAGUGAAGGCUGCAGAAAGGCCAGCUGGCAACUAAGUGUGGCCCUAGCACAUCAUCAUGGUUGCAGUGCCUUCCACGCAGAUAUUCUGCCAGGGCCCCACCCUGCAGCAGCAUCCCAGGCACAGUAAUUCGGGCAAUUGCCCUGGUUCAAGCACAAACAGCACUAGGUCAGCCUUUGGUCUUGAGUCCUGAGAGGUCUUUAGACUGCGGAAAGCCUCCAGGUGCCCACAGCCAUCAACCAGUGUCCCCAGGAAGAGCUAAGGGCCAGCUGGGAACGGAGCCCAAGAAAUGGCAGGAAAGAGUUCUUCUCCAGCCCCCAGCUGUCUUCUGAGACCAGGGUCCAGGGAUUCUGAGUGCUAUGGUUGGGCAGGGGAAGAGGACAUAGGGAGGCAGGACCCAGACCCCUGGGAGUCCUAGGCAGUAAUGGGGAAGGAUUCAGAAAAGGAAAUCCCAGCCACCAGAGUGGGGACUCGGCUGAGAGGCAGGAGAGAGAUGGAAAACCCCUGAGAUGAAAGACAAAUGGACAGAGAAGGGCCUUCUCCAGCCCCCGCAGAUCACCUGCAGCCCUGCGGUGUAAGAAACAGACCUGGGCAGGGAAGUCCCCGGACCCCAGGAAGCCCAGCCCUUGGGGGACAGCACUCAGAUGGAACCAGAGGAAGCUACUCCGCGCUUGGGGGCACUCCAGGCUCAGGGUGGCGGUGCAGGAGGGGCCCUUUGUGCCCCCCCACUCCCGACAUGCUGGUAGCCUGUGGCUAUGGAUGGAGGUUCAGAGCUCCUACUGAAGGCCCACUAAUUUCCACCAGGUGAAUUCUAAACUUUGACCAGGGUGCCAGACCUUCAGCACACAACACUGAAAAAGCCCAGGGGUCCCUCCCCACCCUUGUCUAUCCUCCCAGCAUCUGAAAGGAAGCUGGAUCUCAAAGGAACCACACAAGGAAGGACAAGACAAGAGGUUGCUGGAUUUUAAGUUUUCUUUUUAAUAAAAAGGCACCUAUAAAACAGGUCAAUACAGUACAGGCAGCACAGAGACCCCCAGAACAAGCCUAAAAAUCGUUUCAAAAUAAAAACCAAGAAGAUGUCUUCA